CAAACAAGAGGCCAAGUUCACUCCUUGGCAGCAGCUGAGCAACAAGCCCACAGCAAGAUCGCAAGCAAAAUGAGUGAAACUCCUUCUACUAGUUUUUCCAUGAUUCACCCGACUUCUUCUGAAGGUCAAGUUUCUUUUCCUCGCCAUUUAAGCGUCACUCAUCCUGUCGUGGCCAAACGGAUCAGCUUCUACAAGAGUGGAGACCCCCAAUUCAGCGGAGUCACGGUCGUGGUCAAUCCUCGCUCUUUUAAGACCUUUGAUGCUUUGCUGGACAACUUGUCGCGUAAGGUGCCCCUGCCUUUUGGGGUGCGGAACAUCAGCACCCCUCAGGGAAGGCACAGCAUCACGAGGCUGGAGGACCUGGAGGACGGCGAGUCCUACCUGUGCUCCCAUAGUAAGAAGGUGCAGCCGCUGGAUCUGGACAAAGUGCGCAGGCGCCGGCCGCCCUGGCUCAGCAGCCCCGCUCUGAGAGCUCGCGCGCCCCGCUCUUCUGCAGUCGCGGCCUCUCCCGCGCCUUGUCCCCCGCGGAGCCUCGUGGUCUUCAGGAAUGGCGACCCGAAGACGAGGCGCGCGGUGCUUCUCAGCAGGAAGGUCACCCAGAGCUUCGAGGCCUUUUUGCAGCACCUGACAGAGGUCAUGCAGUACCCAGUGGGCAAACUGUAUGCUACAGAUGGAAGGAAGGUUCCCAGUCUCCAGGCAGUGAUCCUGAGCUCUGGAGCAGUGGUGGCAGCAGGAAGGGAGCCAUUUAAACCAGGAAGUUAUGACAUCCAAAAGUUCUUGCUUCCUGCUAGAUUACUAGGGAUCUCUCAUCGUGGGCACCGGAAGGGAAACGCUAAAGCAGAAAACAAAAAGAUGAGCACGCAUAUACCCUUAAUCUCAAGAUCCCAGAUUUAUUCUCUUUCUUCUGAUAAAACACAUGAUUCUUAUUCAGACUAUUCUUUUGCUCCUGAAAAUUACUUGACCUUAGAAAAACGUAAUUCUCAGAACUUAUCAGUAUAUCCUUCUGAAGAUGAUAUUGAGAAAUCAGUUACUUUUAAUCAAGAUGGUACUAUGACAGUUGAGGUGAAAGUUCGAUUCAAAAUAAAAGGAAAGGAAACUAUAAAGUGGACAACCACUGUCAAUAGACCAGGUCUUUUAAAUAAUGAUGAAAAGAGUGAGAUAAGCAGUAUUCCGGGAAGGACAGAUGAUCGAUCAUCCAGUUUGAAGCUUGCUGCAUGUUCAUUGUCUGAGGAUGUCUCAGGCAGUAAUCGAGAGGGCAGUUUGGCAGAGGAAAUAAAAACUCAAAUAACAGAUCAAGAUAAUGAAACUUGGAGUACUGCUAGUUGGGAUAAUCCUGCUAUGGACACAGAUAUCAUUAAGGGAACUCAGGCUCAAGUGAAGCAUCGUUUUUAUAGGCCCCCUACACCCGGACCAAGGGGAGUGAGACAAAAGAAAUCUGUGAUGCGGAGUGUGACCUUAGUAUCUGAAACAGAAGUCCAGGAGAAACAGUUUUCCUAUAGUGAGAAAAGGGAAGGCAGGGAAAACAAAUCAGAGUAUCAUAUGUUUGCACAUUCUUGUAGUAAAAUGUCAUCAUUAUCUAACAAACCUGUACUUGUUCAGAUCAAUAACAAUGAGCAGAUGGAAUCACCCUUAGAAGGAAUAAAGGAGAGCAAACUCCUCAGGUCAAGUGCAGUGAGUGCUGGUGUGAUAGAAAUUACAAGUCAGAAGAUGGUAACGAUGUCCCAUAAUAAUGACUUACCAUCAGCUAUAUCUGAGAACUCAAUUGUGGAGAAAGGUGUAGUUGAUAGUGUCAUACCAGACAAUAAAACUGAUGAUAUCAAGAACUUCAGAACUUACGAUAAUACAAAUGAUAGGUUCAGUCCUGUUUCAGCAGAGGCAAGUCAUUCUUCAAGUAACAAUUCUGUAACUGACAAAAAUAUUUCUGAGACUCCAGCUUCAGUAGGAUCCUCUACUAUAACCACAAGAAUUGAUAGACUAACUAAUGAAUUUGCACAGUGUGGUUUAAUAGAACCUCCAGAGCAUGAAAAGCAGAUCUUGUCACCUGUUGCCAGCAAAAAGAAGAAGAAAUCACAGCAGCAAAUGAUCAACUCAAGGUAUCAAGAUGCAGAGAUUGUAACCAAAAGAAUCUCUAAGGAGAGUAACAGAAUAAACACAGGAGGUACAAUUGCACAGGAAACCAUAUCACAAGAUUCAGACUGUUCCCUUAAAGGAAGGAUACUUUGUGAGGAAGACCUACAUACAAUUGGUAUGGUAAUUAAAUCAAAUCAUUUUAGUACCAAAAGUAAUCUCAGUCCCACAGUUUCCAAGAAUUUCCGUAGACAUAAAUUAAAUGGUAUUCAGAAUCUUAAGGUUCAAGGAUUUGUAAGCAAAAGAAAACCCGGUCCAGUAAAGAAAAUAAGCUUAGGAGCUUCUGAAAAAGGAGAAAGUAGUCAAGGAGAUAAAGUACUUCCCCAUUAUGAAUCUAAGUAUUACAAAAAGACUUCAGAAAAUCAAAGUUUAUUCCAUAUGUUUAACUUGUGUGAGCAAAAACAAAGAGCUUUUUCUAGACCACAAUCUCAAGCAGAAAUGGCAUCUAGGAAUUUGAUAGGAAUGGCAAAAAUGAGCUUAGUUCCAAAAUUUAGUGAUUCACAUGUAACUUUAAAAAGCCAGAAAAAACAAAAAGAGAAUAAACUGAAGUCAGGAGUUUUUGUAAGUAAACAAUAUACUAAAACCAGGGAAAAUUCUUUAGCUUCUUUGAAAAAAGCUGCUUUUUCUGAGGAUAUGGCCCAUCAUUCAGAAAAUCAUAUAGAGAGAUGGUUACAGAACAUAAAUCCAUAUCCAACUUUAAUACCUAGAAAGUCAGCUGUAAGACAGAAAAAUAAAAGGACUGUGGCAAGUUAUAACAAUAGUGGUUUUCUAGGAUCUAAUCUCCAUAAAAAUUCUGUAAAAGGAAAUAAUUUUGUUAUAGAAAGUAGUAAGCACAUAACUAAAAGUGCCAAUUUGACAGGAGAUAAUCUAUGUAAAGGAAGGGGCAAAUCUCUUAAUGGUGAAGAAUUUCACAAAGAUCUCUAUGAGAGCCAAGUUGGGUCUCUGAAGUCUCUGAAUGGUGCUUGCUUAGUUUCCCUGCAUGAAUAUUGUACUUUGUCACCAUCAGCUAUUAAUGAUCAUAAUACUGAAAGUCAGAUAUCCUCUGAAAAGUCAGGACCAGAGGUAAGCCUUGUUCACCAUGAAAUAAACCUAGCUACAAAAGGGCAAAGUGUAGAGGCUGCUGUUCAAGUAGAUCUCGUGGAAGAGAAUACUUCCAAAGACCUUGUACCAGUUCUGUUGCUUCAACAACUGCAAGCUUCAAUUUCCAGCAUUCACGAACCUCAGAAUGGAGCUGUUCAAAUGCCAGGGUUGCUUGUAGACAUUCCCUUCUCUUCCGUGAUAUGCAAUUCAUCUGCUGAUCUCCUUCUUGCUUGGCUCUUGGUGUUAAAUCUAAAGGGAAGUAUGAGUAGCUUCUGUCAGGGUGAUGCUCAUAAGAUUACCAAUAGUUCUUCAGAACUACUUACAUUGUGGGAGGUACUAAGGCACAUUGCCAUCACAGAGGAAGCUGAUGACUUGAAAGCUGCUGUUGCCAGUUUGGUGGACUCCACUACAAAUUGCAUUGAACCCAGUGAAAAAGAACAUGAUAUGGUUCCAGUAGGCCUUUCUGAAAAGUGCAGCGCAGUCAACAUUCAGAAAGCUCCAGACUGCAGUGAAAUUGAAAGAAUACAGAAAAUCUCUUUGGAUGGAGGCUACUCUGCCUGUGAGGCCUGUGGUUCUGAAAUUCGUGUUUCAAAUACUUGUUCUCCAUAUGAGAUGUGCACUGUGAAUAAGACUUACCCUCAAAAAGGCUUACAUAACCCCAGUGAUGCUUUUUCCCCUGUUGACUGUGUCAUAAAUAAGACUUCUAUGAAUAAGGCUUGUUUCCUGGGAGAAGUCUUUUCAUUUACUGAUGCUGUGCCUUCCCAUGAGGCUUGUGUGCAAAAGGAGAACCAUACUUAUGAAGUAGCUUGCCCAACUGAUGAAACUCAUGUUACCACGAGAGUCUGCAAUAACACUGACUCUUUAAAUUGCAGAGAAAACAAAUGUAUUUAUAACUUGGAAUUUAUUGAAGAGUUCAAAAGAAUUGAUGAAAUUCAGAAAGGCCUAAAUAUCUUGGCAGAUCCUGGGUAUAAAAAUGAAUGUAAUACAUCAGCGUUACAACCAAAUGUCUGUAAUUUAAGUCCUGGUGGCAUUUGCCUAAGUAAAAGUGAUCUGGAAUUUGAUACAAAACACAGCUCUCUACGUGAGUUUAAAAGUGAACCAUUAAAGAGAUUUCAGGAUAAAAAUACAUAUUCUUCUUUUGAUAAAGAAGAAUCAAGGACUUCUGAAGAACCAGGAUCAAUAACCAACAGCAUGACAUCAAAUGAAAGAAAUAAUAUAUCCGAAUUGGAAUCUUUGGAAGAAUUAGAAAAUCAAGACAAUGAUAUCUGUAAUACAAUGGUAAACUUAUGUGAGCAAGCCACUGAAGAAUCACUCACAGAAGAGCUAGAGACUAGUAGCAAUUUGAAAUUGAUAGACAUAUCUAGUGGGAAUAUUAUAGAAGAAGAAAGAAAGAAUGGUAUAAUUUCUGAGACAAUCAAUAGGAGGCAGGUGACACCACCAUCUUUAGUUUUUUGCUAUGAUUCUAAUCCAAAUGCCGAAAAGGAGAUCAAUUCAAGAGAAAGUAAGGUGAGAAUUAAAACGAUGGUGAAAAACAUGGAAAUGGGAAGUUAUUCAGAGUCUUCGCAUGAUUUUAAAAAAUGUUUCAAAAGUCCAGUGACUUCUGACUGGCCAGAUUGUAGACCAGACAGUGAGAGUGAGCAGCAGUGUAAAACUUCCAGUGAUGACCACAGUGACAGUGGUGACAGUGGCCAAGAGAAAGAACAUAAUAAAGGAUUUGUUAAAAGGGCAAUAGAAAAGCUUUAUGGCAAAGUGGAGAUUGUUAAACCAUUUUUUUUUUCUGGAUCUAUACACAGUUCUCAAGUUUGUCCUUACAGUUCUGUGGAAUUUCCGGGUGCUAGGAAAUCAAGUUUUUAUGAUUCUGAAGGUCAAUCAUUUGGUUCUUUUGAACAGGUAUCUAAUAUUUCACCUAUGUUACAGGAAUUCCAGGAGGAAAAGCAAAGUAAAUGUGAUGUUAAUGGUGUGAGGGACAGUUAUCAUGGGGAUGAAAUUGUAGAACAUGGUACAAAACAAAGUGAUCGUAAUAGGACGACCCUUAGAGAAGAAGAGGAAGGAGAACUGAUUGACAAAGGCAAAUGGCUACUGAGAAAAAAUCAUUUGCUAAGGGUGUCAUCUGAAAAUCCUGGCAUGUAUGGCAAUGCAGACACCACAUCAGUGGAUACCCUCCUUGGUAAUAACGGGAAUGAGGUGUCAUAUUCACAUUUUGGGAAUUUGGCUCCAGGCCCAACUAUGGCUGAAUUAUCGUCUUCAGAACUGGAGGAACUGACUCAACCCCUUGAACUGAAAUGCAAUUACUUUAACUUGCCUCAUGGCAGUGACUCUGAACCUUUCUUUGGGGAUUUGCUAGAUGUUCAGAAUAAAACCUGUGCCAAGGAAAGAAUACCAAAUCAUUAUACAGAGGGUAAAGGUAAUCAGUCAGAAAGAGUAUGCUCAACUGUUACUCAUGCUUUUACAUCUGGUGCUAACAAAGUCCACCCUGUCUCUGAUGAUACUAUUAAAACCCAACCGUUACCUGGGAGCAGUAUGACUCAUGGUGCACUUCAGGAAGGUGACUCUUUGGAUAAACUUUAUGCUCUUUGUGGUCAACAUUGCCCAAUACUAACUGUUAUUAUCCAACCUGUGAAUGAAGAAAACCGAGGAUUUGUUUACCGGAAAGAUUCGGAUAUUGAAAAUGCCUUGGGUUUCCAUUUAUGGAUGAGGAUAUACCCACAUUUUCUAUUGUCAAAUAAAAACAUGUUCAGGAAUAAGGACAAUAAAGCAAGUAAGAGAAAAGAAUUUGUUGAUAAUGCCAUUGGUGAUUCAUUUGAUCAGCUUUAUUUCAAUAACAUGUUUGGCUUGACAGAUAAGAGCUUGGACUUAGAGGAAAAAAGUAAUUUGAAGAAAUUUCAGUCGUAUUUAAAGCAAAGGGUUUGUGUGAAUUUCUUGCACAAACUUUUGUUUGUUGUGAGCGAUAUGAAUUCAAAUACAGAAAACCUCAGCAGUUGGACAGAUGAUAUCUUUAAAACAGUUGAUGAGAAUAACAACUUACUAGUUAACAGAUUCCAGAACUUAACAACAAAUCUCAAGCAUAUAGUAAGAGAAAAUAUCAAUUGUCAUUUCUCCUUCAAAAUACUUGGUCAAACCUGCCUAUUAGAUAUUUGCCAAGUUGGAACAUCCUUAAGUAUUAGCAAAAGAAAAAUAUUAGAAAUAUAUUAUGUUUUUGAGGGUGAAAAUAUUUUCAUUUGGGAAGAAGAAAACCAAUUACAUUUUACUGAUCUUGAAAGCAACAAUGAGCAAGGUGAUUUAUAA